AUGAGUUACUGCAGUGUUCGCAAUGUGCGGUGUCUGGCUUGUACGAUACUGCUGAUCAGAGGGAAAAGCCAAGGCUCUAGAGAGCCUCCUGUCAUCCAUGAACUUGGGGUUUUCAGAGAGAAGAAAAUCAACGGGGUGCGCAGUCUGGAGAAGUGUGCGCAUUGCCUGACGCAGUGGUCAGAAGUCGCUGGAGGUUUGCAGAACUUGCUCGGCUUCGUGGUGCCGCGCUUGGCUCCGCGGUUCGUGCAAGGGACCUGUUCGCAGAAGCGGGGCCAGGAGUGCGUGAGAAGGGGGGAGGGGACAGAAACUUCACGAGAGGGGGCGUGGGGGUUGCAGAUCACGCGGGGUGCCAGGGCAGAAGUUUGCAGAAGGGGCCAGGGUUUGCAGAAGUUUGUGGGCGAGGCUUGGGUUUCGCAGAAAUCGGAUAGAAUACUGGCUUUUUUGGAUACCCCAUUGGUUUUGCCUUUAGUUGUUGCUUGCCCGGCACGCUUCCUCAAGUUGUUGCCCGCACGCGCAAGCAAAGCGGCGAUGUGA